AUGGAUAAGCUUAGUGGGACCAAUGGGACUGUGGUGAACAGCUCCAUAGACAUGUGGUCAUUCAGUGAGCGCGAUUCCUUCCAGCACCCGGAUCCGAGUGAGCUCAGGGUCCUGGUGCCAGCUAUUCUGGGAGUCAUUUGUGUCCUGGGUGUGGCUUGCAAUCUCACCGCGAUGGCCAUCCUCUUCUCUAAUGCGCAUAAAGGCAAAAUGUCUCUUAUCAACUCCCUCAUCUUCAACCUGAUGUUUGCUGAUGGGCUAGUGCUGAUGUUCAUAGUGCCUUUUAGGGCUGCCUCAUACUCCAAAGCAAGCUGGAAUCUAGGCUGGGUGGUAUGUAAGACAGCUGACUGGUUUCUCCAAUCCUGCAUGGUUGUGAAGAGCUUCACAGUGGCUAUCAUGUCCAAAGCCUGCUACCGCUAUGUGUCAAACCCAACCAAGCAGGUGAGCAUACAGCUGGGCUCCAUCUUGGUGGUGCUUUUCUUCAUAUGGCUGUCUGCCUGCACUGUCACCAUCCCUCACUGGUUGUUUACUAGGCUGCAGAGAGAGAUCCGCGGGCUGGUGUGUGUAUUGAUGGUUCCUCCUGAAGCCCAGGAUUUCAUGUCUGUGUAUGUGAGAGCAUAUCCUCUGGGAGUGUAUUGUGCACCUCUAAGCAUUGCCCUGAUGUAUUUCUGGAAGGCUUAUGGCCAGUGCCAGCGCCGCUCUAGUAAGAGUCAGAAUCUGCGUACACAGAUCAGAUCCAGGAAGCUCACUUUAAUGCUUUUCAGCCUCACUGUGGCCAUGGCUAUCCUCUGGAUUCCUCACUGGGUUGUGUGGCUUUGGGAGCGUCAUAUUGCAGAAAAAGAAAUUGAAGGAGCUCAGCCCCUUAUCUCCUCUCCUCCCCUUCUCCUGAUCCUUUCUGCUCAGGUGCUCACCUUCUCUCUGUCUUUGGUGAACCCUCUCAUUGUCCUCUCCCUCUCUGAAGAGUUCAGAGAGGGUUACAGGGGGCUUUGGAGGCGCCUCACCCUGCGCAAGCAACCUCCACCUAAGCCAAAGCCCGGACCCCACAACCCCACCACUCUCCAGUCCCCUUGUCCUAGACCAGAGACCUCAGGCCAGCUGCGAGGGGAGAGGAGCCUGCAAUCAAGCUCCAGCAAGGAAGCCAUCAGGGAGGCUCAGCUUAAGCCGGAGCAAGGUGGGGGACCAGAGGGACAAGGGAGGGAAGCAGACACGGUGAGCCUUAAAGAUGGGAGUGUCUUGCCUGAUGUGGAGCAGUUCUGGCACGAGCGGGAGGGCGGGUCACUCACAGAGGAAAACGAUCCUGUGCCGUGGGAGAACCAGAACAUGGCGGAAAAAAAAUAA